AGAGCGGGGCGCAAUGGCGGCGCGGCGCUGAGGGGCGGCGGACAUGGGCCGCAGGGAGCGCGACAGAAAGAAGUCCAAGAAGCGUCACUACGACGACGAGGACGACGACGAUGAUGACGCUCCCGGCAGGGAGUCGCAGGAAGCCGUCCCGUCCGCCGCGGGGAAGCAGGUGGAAGAGGCCGUCGUCAAAGACGAGUACGGCGCGAAGGAUUACCGGCUGCAGAUGCUGCUCAAGGGCGACCACGGCUCGCGCCCGCUCGGGGUGGCUCCCGAUGGCCACAUUUUCCUUGAAGCCUUUUCUCCCGUUUACAAAUACGCACAGGACUUUUUGGUCGCUAUCGCAGAACCCGUGUGUCGACCAAGCCACAUACACGAGUACAAGCUGACUGCUUACUCGCUUUAUGCCGCUGUCAGUGUCGGUUUGCAGACGAGCGACAUCACGGAGUAUUUGCAGAAGCUGAGCAAGACCGGCGUCCCCGAUGGAAUAGUGCAGUUUAUCAAGCUCUGCACUAUAAGCUAUGGAAAAGUAAAGCUCGUCUUGAAACAUAACAGGUAUUUUGUGGAAAGCACCCACCCUGACGUCAUUCAGCAGCUUCUGCAGGACAAAGUUAUUAGAGGGUGUCGCCUGAGAAAUGCUGAGGGAGAAGAAACGGAGCUCAUCACCGAGACGUUCACGAGCAAAUCUGCUAUCUUGAAAACCAGUGAAGGAGCUGGCGGUCCUUCAACGUCACAAGGACCAGACGCUCAGAACAAACCAGAUGUUCCAGCUGACCUGUUUAAGUUUUAUGAACAGAUGGACAAAGAUGAAGAGGAGGAGGAGGAAACGCAGACAGUGUCUUUUGAAGUUAAGCAGGAAAUGAUCGAAGAGCUUCAGAAGCGUUGCAUUCAUCUGGAAUACCCCUUGCUGGCCGAGUAUGACUUCAGAAAUGACUCAGUGAAUCCGGACAUAAAUAUUGACCUGAAACCCACAGCUGUUCUCAGACCUUAUCAGGAGAAAAGCCUGAGGAAGAUGUUUGGGAAUGGGCGAGCUAGAUCGGGAGUUAUUGUCCUGCCGUGCGGCGCAGGCAAGUCUCUCGUCGGUGUCACAGCUGCGUGCACGGUCCAUAAGCGGUGCCUGGUACUUGGCAACUCUGCAGUGUCUGUGGAGCAGUGGAAAGCCCAGUUCAAGAUGUGGUCCACCAUAGAUGACAGCCAGAUCUGUCGAUUCACCUCAGAUGCCAAAGACAAGCCCAUUGGGUGCUCGAUUGCCAUUAGCACGUACUCCAUGUUGGGGCACACAACCAAGAGGUCUUGGGAGGCAGAGAGAGUAAUGGAGUGGCUUAAAAGUCAAGAGUGGGGCCUCAUGAUCCUUGAUGAAGUACACACCAUACCUGCAAAAAUGUUCAGGCGUGUGCUCACCAUUGUACAAGCUCACUGCAAACUGGGACUGACGGCUACCCUGGUCAGGGAGGACGAUAAAAUCGUGGACUUGAAUUUCCUGAUUGGCCCAAAACUCUAUGAAGCCAACUGGAUGGAGCUGCAGAACAAUGGUUACAUUGCCAAAGUGCAGUGUGCUGAGGUUUGGUGCCCCAUGUCUCCCGAGUUCUACAGAGAAUACGUCGCCAUCAGAACAAAGAAGCGGAUCCUGCUCUACACCAUGAACCCAAACAAAUUCAGGGCGUGCCAGUUCCUGAUUAAGUUUCACGAGCGAAGGAAUGACAAGAUCAUCGUGUUUGCUGACAACGUGUUUGCCCUGAAGGAAUAUGCAAUCAGGCUGGGAAAACCUUAUAUAUAUGGUCCCACUGCGCAAGGGGAAAGGAUGCAAAUCCUGCAGAACUUCAAGCAUAACCCAAAAAUCAACACCAUCUUUAUUUCCAAGGUAGGUGACACAUCCUUUGACCUGCCAGAAGCCAAUGUUCUGAUUCAGAUUUCGUCCCAUGGGGGGUCUCGAAGACAGGAGGCUCAAAGAUUGGGACGAGUGCUGAGAGCCAAAAAAGGGACCGUGGCAGAGGAAUACAAUGCCUUCUUUUAUUCUCUGGUAUCGCAAGACACUCAGGAAAUGGCGUAUUCAACCAAACGGCAAAGGUUUCUGGUGGAUCAAGGGUACAGUUUCAAGGUGAUCACGAAGCUUGCGGGCAUGGAAGAAGAAGACCUUGCAUUUUCAUCCAAAGAAGAGCAGCAGCAGCUUCUCCAGAAGGUCCUGCAAGCAUCUGACCUGGAUGCUGAGGAAGAGGUGGUAGCUGGGGAGUAUGGCUCCAAGUCAUCUCAGGUGUCCCGGCGUGCAGGCACAAUGAGUUCCAUGUCUGGAGCAGACGACACGGUUUAUAUGGAAUACCACACCUCACGGAGCAAGGCGGCCUCCAAUAAGCAUAUCCACCCGCUUUUCAAACGUUUCAGGAAGUGAUGUGAAAUACAGAAGCAUUUAGUUAAACCACAGAGCUAUUUUGUAUCCAUAUCUAGAAAUAUGGAGUUUAAAUAGUUUUAGGUUAUUAAAGGACUCUUUUCAUGUGCAGCUGUGUAGAUAUGUGUAUAGUUAGCAAGCCGUCCGUGCUAAUGGGUGAGGCUGAAAGGAUGAAGGGAUUAAUUCUGACCACAGCAAAAGAUGCGAAAGGACUGAAUCCUGGUUAUGCCUGUCUGGUAUUUCUAGGGUGAUAAAUGAAACUUCUCUUUUUAUCAGUUGAAUUUAGAGAACACUUAAGCAAAUUCUGCAAAAUGGAUCUCUUUUGUAUAUGACGUUUGUAUCGGUGUUUGAAAUUUUAUUUGUCAACUUGCUAUGCUUGUUCAACUAGAAUAUUAAAGUUUAAAAUGCCUAAAUAAAAAUCAUUCCCUGAAGUGGAAGUUCUGACAAAAGCAUUUUAUAUAUCGUAUUUUGGCAUAGGGAACAGAAUAAUUUUACACUUGUAACUUAACCUAGCUUCAAUGAGUUAUAAAUUGGUAGGGAAUGCCCUAAUCAGCAAUUCAAGAGAGAGAACCUGAAGAGGGCUUCUUCACUGGAAUAAAUGUGAGAAAGUGUUUUUAAAAAGUUAAUCCACAGUCUGUUUGGCAUGUUGGAUUUUUUUGGUGUUUUUAGUAAUGAUGAGACAGGGUUGAAAUAAAAGAUGUUCCCUUAAAA